AUGGUCAUGGCCAGUGACGACCCCGAGCAUGUCACGAAGCCCACGACCAUUGUCGUCAACCAUCGCCAUGAGCCUCAAAGAUUGCCUUCUGAGAUCAACCUCCUGACGCUCAACUGCUGGGGACUCCGCUACAUCUCUACUCAACGGGUUGCGCGACUCGACGAGAUCGGUCAUAGAAUCGCACACGCUGUUCCUACACCGCAUAUCGUCUCACUACAGGAAUGUUUCACUCAGGAGGACUACGAAGCCAUUCGUCACCAUACCCGUCAGAUUCUUCCCUAUGGCAAGUUCUACUACAGUGGCGCUUUCGGUGGUGGCCUGGCUAUCUUGAGUUGCUGGCCCAUUGAGGAGAGUACCAUGUUCAAGUAUCCUCUUAAUGGACGACCCACCGCCUUUUGGAGAGGAGACUGGUAUGUGGGCAAGGGUGUUGCAUGUGCAAAGAUUCGUUUUGGACCAAGGAGAAAGGAUAUUGUUGAGGUUUUCAAUACUCAUACUCAUUCGCCCUAUGAGCCUGACCCUGUGAGUACUUAUGACUGCCAUCGAGUUGCGCAAUCAUGGGAAAUGUCGAAACUUCUGCGCGGCGCCGCCGAACGUGGACAUCUUGUGGUCGGUAUGGGCGAUUUCAAUAUGCUCCCGUUAUCCUUGUUUCACCGUGUCAUCACAGCACACGCGCCAGUUCGUGACGUCUGGCGCAUACUGCAUCCUGAUAGCUCUCUUGGACCUGCCUACCAUCCAUCUGAAGAGGAACGACACCGUCCGUUACCCACCGCCGACUUCAAUCUUCUCGAGAACGGUGCAACCAGUAAUUCUGUCUACAACACCUGGCGCUGGAACAAGAACCAGAAGAACCGCCUCAAGGGGGGUGAUGUUUGUGAAGUUCCACCCGAUACCAUAGAUUCCCGUGGCCAACGCCUUGAUUACAUCUUUACCUCGACAGGUGUAGACCCUGAUGCUCCGGCCACAACCCCUGGUUGGGUUGUUAAGUCUGCCCAUGUCGCCAUGACUGAGCGCCAUCCGGACCUCCUUUGUUCGCUCUCGGAUCAUUUCGCUGUCCAGGCUACACUUACUCGACACACUCCUUCUCCAGCGGUCAAUCCUCCUGACCCGCGAUCCGAGACCCCUUCUGCUGCCCUUCAGACCGGCGCAUACUUGGCCGCCAGCAGCCCAGCUAGCAGCAUCCAUUCAGGUGAUGUAGCUCAAACAGCCAACCCGGAUACUCAGCUCAAGCGCGGCCGUUCUCGCAGUAACGAUUUCGCUCCAUCCACCUACGAUGAGAUCAUUGGCAUGAUUCAAAAGUAUCAUGCACGUGAAGUGCGUCAACGCCAUUGGCGUGGUGUGCAUUUCUUUCUCGCGCUGUUCGUCUGGCUCGCCUGUCUAGUGGCUGUAUGGUUCAGUCCUGAAAACUACGUCGCAUUUAUUCUCAUGCUGGUCAGCAGUUUGAGCUUAGUUGCCGGUGUUAUCGACGGCCUCCUCUCUCUGCUCUUCUUUUCAUGGGAGAUAAAGGGCCUCAAAGAGUUCGAAUGGGAAAUCCGAAAUGCCAAGGCUGUGGCAUCUGGUGACCGGAUGGCGUUGACAGCGUCCGAGACAUAUGAGAGUUCUGGACAACGAUCAAAAUCUACAUGA